CGCCACUAGUCACUCGCAGGCUCCGAACGAGCUGCUCGGAAGAAAGUAGGCGACGGCGGGCCCGGGGCCGCGCGGGCAGCCUCGGGACAAUGGGGCCCCGGCGCUUGCUGCUCCUCGCCGUCGGCCUCAGCCUGUGCUGUCCCAUGCUGUCUUUCCGCGUCCCUGUGAGCCAGCCAGAAUCAGAGAGGACAGAUGUUACGAUGAACCCCCGCUCAUUCUUUCUCAGGAAUCCCAGUGAAAAUACAUUUGAACUGUUCCCCCUGGGGGACGAGGAGGAGAAAAAUGAAAGCAUACUGCCGGAGGGCAGGGCAGUCUACUUAAAUAAAAGCCGCUCUCCUCCCACGCCGCCUCCUCCCUUCAUCUCGGAGGAUGCCUCGGGAUAUCUGACCAGCCCCUGGCUGACGCUCUUCAUGCCCUCCGUGUACACGUUUGUGUUCAUAGUCAGCCUUCCUCUGAACGUCCUGGCCAUCGCAGUGUUUGUCUUGCGGAUGAAGGUCAAGAAGCCGGCCGUGGUGUACAUGCUGCAUCUGGCCAUGGCCGAUGUGCUCUUCGUGUCCGUGCUCCCCUUCAAGAUCAGCUACUACUUUUCCGGCAGUGACUGGCAGUUCGGGUCUGGAAUGUGUCGCUUCGCCACUGCGGCGUUUUAUUGUAACAUGUACGCCUCCAUCAUGCUCAUGACCGUCAUAAGCAUUGACCGGUUCCUGGCGGUGGUGUACCCGAUCCAGUCCCUGUCCUGGCGCACCCUGGGCCGUGCCAACUUCACUUGCGUGGUCAUUUGGGUGAUGGCCAUCAUGGGGGUGGUGCCCCUACUCCUCAAGGAGCAGACUACCCGGGUUCCGGGACUCAACAUCACCACCUGCCACGACGUCCUCAAUGAGACCCUGCUGCAAGGCUUUUACUCUUACUAUUUCUCGGCCUUCUCCGCUAUCUUCUUUCUUGUGCCGUUGAUCAUUUCCACAGUCUGCUACACGUCCAUCAUCCGAUGCCUAAGCUCCUCCGCGGUUGCCAACCGGAGCAAGAAAUCGCGGGCUUUGUUCCUGUCCGCUGCCGUGUUCUGCGUCUUCAUCGUCUGCUUCGGGCCCACCAACGUCCUCCUGAUUGUGCACUACCUGCUCCUCUCCGACAGUCCCGGCACAGAGGCGGCCUACUUUGCUUACCUCCUCUGCGUCUGUGUGAGCAGCGUGAGCUGCUGCAUCGAUCCCCUGAUUUACUACUACGCCUCCUCCGAAUGCCAGAGGCACCUCUACAGCAUCUUGUGCUGCAAAGAAAGCUCCGACUCCAACAGUUGCAACAGCACGGGCCAGCUGAUGCCGAGUAAAAUGGAUACCUGCUCUAGUCACCUGAAUAACAGCAUAUACAAAAAGCUACUAGCUUAAGGAAAGGGUUGCUGGAAGGUUCCACGGGAAAAGGUUGGAAAGUGAACAGCCUGGGAAUACCAUUAGUCCCUGUCAAGAAAUGUAUUUACUUCAACACCUACAAAAACAACCAGUGUCUGAUUUGCAUGCAUGCUUCUUACAAGUGCUAUGGGGUGUAUAGAUUGGAUAAUUACCAGCAAGGUGAUGGGAACAGAGAUAAAGGUUUCCAGUGUUGCUAGUGCUACAAUAGUAACUGGAUGUCACUUCUUAUGUAUCUAGGUGACUUUAAUAUAUAGGUGGUAUGCACGCACAUGGGCUUUGACACUUCCUUGUUUAUUCCCUGGCCAUUACUAUGGAAAUAAUCUGAUUCUCUGACUUAAAAAACCAAGCCUGGGUUGGUGGAUGUUAGCACUGGGAAGCUGAAGGUGUCUAAUGAUGGGGAAGGAGUCCAUGAUUUAGACUUAACACAGCUUUUGCCUAUAUAUUUUUUUCAAAUUAUUUGAUAGUAAUGUUUAGUGAUGGAAGGAUGAGACAGUAUUACCUAUGUGGGGGAAGGUCUUGAACAUAUCGUAGUUAAGAAUUAUCAAAGCAAGUGAAAAGCCUGCUUUUAUAUGGGUAGGUUUUUUUUUUUUUUUUUUUUUUUUUUUUGGUUUUUUUUUUUCAAUUUACUUACUGAAUAUAUGGACCAAGACUGAGCAUAAGACUCACCAGGACUGUAAUAAACCUUUCAAAGCAGCCAAGCCUGAUAACUAGACACAGCCAUCUGCAUGGAGGCCUCUGAGCAUCAGGUACGUCGUACUCCUUCAGCUAUGCCUCCCAGAGAGCAGAGAUGGACACUGCCAGGUCCCCUCCAUCCUGCCUAGGAUUCUCUCUAGCUGUGAACUGACUGUAUCUAUUAGAAACUGGCAAGGUAAGGUAUGCCAUCUUGGGAGGCAGGAACUAUGAAAGACAUCUGCACAUCUGACAAACGGAGAAAGGUGUGUUUACGUCCAGUCGCUGUCCUGCAAGGCUGGCCCUUGCACAGACAGACACACCCACGUGCCCUGGUCACACUGUUGGUUAGUGGGCCAUUGACUGACUAUAGGACUAUAACUGAGUCCUGCCCUUACUCAGGCAACGCAGAGGGCUAGCGUGUGGUCAGGUAUGAUGAUGUAUGCACUGCAAAUACACCAUCGCGCAUAGAAGUUGUCCUCAGCCAGAUGCCACCAGGCAUAUCUCACAUAAACAAGGCUUAUCAGCUAAACGGCUUUGUACAACUGAGUUUCUGCUUCUGGUAGCUAUAGAUUAGGA